UAUAUUUUACUUUGAACGUCACGAGCGGAACGUUGCAAGUCAUAUCCAGUGGUGAGUGAAAGCUGCCACUUGAUGGGUCAGAUCAGAGAGCUGAGCAGAGAUAAGCAUGUACAUUCAAGUUGAUGACAGCUCACCACUUUAGUCAGAACUACGCUGUCAUUUGAGUCCGAACGACUCCACAUCCGCUGCUCUCCUCUGCAGGUAUUCAAUAUGGCCUCAUGGAUUAUUCAGAUGACUAUGAUGGUGCUAUCUGUCUUCAUCAGCGGCAGUCAGGGGAAAAGGAACAAGAUGCUCUACUGUUCUGCAUGCAAGGCAAUUGCAGAUGAGUUAAAUUACUCAAUCAGUCUGGUGGACCCAAAGAAAACCAUAAAUGUCGGCAGCUUUAGACUCAACCCAGACGGGACCAUGAAAGACAAAAAGGUCCCGUUCGCUCGCUCAGAGACUCACCUCAGUGAGCUCUUGGAUGGGGUGUGCAACAGUAUGAGUGACUACGCCCUCCAUGUGGACCCUGACACCCAGCACAAACAGUACAUAAGGUUCGCUCCCAGAGGCAGUGGGGACAACAGCAAUUUCCCGGACUUUAAAAACUUCCAGUUUGACGGACCUGAGGCAUCCGACGCCCUGAAAUUUGCAUGUGAAACCGUGGUGGAGGAGCUGGAGGAUGACAUCAUCUCUGUGUUCAGCCAGAACGUCGAGAAUGUGCACGAGGAGUUAUGCAACAGAGUCUCAGACUACUGUAAAGACGGCACUCACAUAAACGAAGAGUUAUAGUGUUGUUUUGUACUUUCAGCGGAUGAAGGAGGGACCAGCUUUAUUCCAGAGAUGCUGAAAAAUAGACCUUCAAUAAAAUCAUUUUUGAUAAAUAAUUUUAAUAAAUAAAGAAACUAAUCUUGAGAAACUGA